AUGGAGAAAUCAUUAGAAACUGUAUUCAAACAGUUUAAGGAUUGCGCUGAUGAAGAUUUUUCACGGUACAAUUAAAUGGUUUACUUUUAAUCUUAGGUUGCCUUUGAUGACUGCAUUUGCUACAAGUGUUUCUAUAACUGUAUAGAAACACAGGAAAAAUUUGUUUUUAUAUCUUUUAUAAUAUAACUGCAGAAAACUUUUAUCAUUUUUUAUAUCGAUUAAUUUACAAAUUUUCAUUAUUACCUCAGCAUAAAAUCCGCUUGAUCGGCUUCAUCCGGCAUUUUCUCUCAUCAAUUUGCCCAUAAAUUAUCAAGUUCUCUUCUUGUUAAUUAAACUGAGAAUUCCAUUUUUGUCUUCUUGUUCCUCUUUCUAAACCUACAAUUACCACACUUUUUCGAUUACAGCGAGUGUUUAUACUGUAGAAUUGUUUUGGUCACGUAUUGAUAUAAAGGCAGCUCACUGAGCUCAGUGUUCGAGACAGGGAAUUUCCCACUGAGGAAUUUCCCGUGUUUCCAAAUGUUUCCAUAAUUUUUUUGUGUUUCCUUGUUGUGAACGCUCGCUUACUAUUUAAUAUUGUAUUACAAUAAUCUAUACAUAUCGAUACAUAUGAUUUUAUCUGUACGGAUUUAACAAGCUUGAUUGUUGUUUCAUUUCUCAGGUACCAAAAGCUAGAACAAGAACGAGUCCAAACAGAGCAGCAGUUUCAUAUGCAAAGGAUGGCUUUGGAAAAUGAAAGACUGAAAGAGAGAGAACAUGAAAUGAAUAUGGACAGAAUGUUGAUGGGACCCCAACCUUUGUCUUCAUUCACAUUGCCAAACAUUCAUUCACAAUACUUAAUACCCUCAGCGGUUCCUAAUUGUGAUGAUGCCCGUACAAGCUCACAUUGCAGUGACAUUGAAGAUAACAAACAAGUUUAUUAUCCACUGUAG